UAUUCACUGCGGUACAGAAAUACCACACAUCCGGUCCCAAGGAAAUCUCCUUCAACAUGCUUUCGCAAGGAUAAGAGCUAAAACGUUUGGACAAGGAAAUACAGAAGUAGGUAAACAACACAGCAUUGGAUAAUUUCAAAGACUUCCAAACUUAAAGAAGAAUCAUGGUGCUUAAAAAUAUCAUCCAGGUUGCCUUAGCUGGGGUCCAAGUUGUCGGGAAAGCAUUUGGCAGAGCCCUCCAGUCAGAGAUCAGAGCUAGUCAACAGGCAGCUCAAAGGCAUGGUGGUGGCAAGGAAGGGCGGAGAAAGGCUGUCGCAGACACGUCUUCAGGGAUGACCUUACAGGAAGCCACACAAAUACUUAAUGUAUCAGAAGCAGACAGUAAUGAACAAAUUCAGAAAAGCUAUGAUCAUUUAUUUAAAGUAAAUGACAAGUCAGUUGGAGGAUCAUUCUACUUACAAUCUAAGGUUGUACGAGCUAAGGAAAGGUUAGAUAUAGAACAAGGAAAAGAAGGCCAGACACCACCUCCACCCCCACCAAAGGAGGACUCUUGAUCCAGGAUGAUCUAGGUAGAGUGUGAGGUGUGCUAAGGUGUGUGUUUGAGAGACUGAUUAGUGUGGAAGUUUGAGUGAUUUUUACUUGUACAAAUGUAUCGUCGAUUUAUACAAAUGUUUAUCCGAUUUGUAAGUUACCGGUAAACAAAAAAUGUUUUCAAGAAGAUUAUAUUCUAUUAAAGGGUCAUUGUCAGAUCAUUUUUCUGUUUUUCUUUUCUGCUGUUCAUAUUAAGACAUUUGGUUUGAUCUCGAAUAUCCGGUCCUUAUCACCACUUCUGUAGUUGGGAUGUGACAACUCCUUACCAGGGGAUCAUAUUUUAGUGCUCUCAAUUCGAUAAGUAAAAUGAGACAUUCUCAAUGUGGUCUGUUUAUCAAGGAUGGCAGGGGAUGAUGUCUAUUGAGCUUGUGUCGUUCCUCUCCCACCCAGUGAUAAUUCUACAAUAUUUUUUCCCUAAGUAGCGUCAUAAUUAUAGUUCUACAGAGUUUACAUUGAUUGUUGACUUUGUAAAUGAUGUCGAGUUAAUGUUAUUUUUCAUUUUCAUUUCCAUGUAUGUCCUAUUUGAAAACCAUGAAGCAUCCAGAUAUAAAAUAUAUGGGGAAACCAGGGAGACUACAGGUCUGCUUUCCGUCUGUCUUGUACAUUUAUACUACAUUCAUAACACCAAAGAUUGUCAGCGUUCUAGUGGCUUCAUUCAUUCAGAGACUAAACUUCACGCAAUGAUCAAGAGCCAGAACAUAUGGGACAAGUUUGAGUUUCGGGUUUUUUGUUCAAGGUCAAGGUCACUUAUCAUAGUGAGGGCCGGUUGUUUGUGGGAUUGCGUUAGGGAUUUUGUCCUGAGGUUUGAGAGAGAGAUUUGUUUUUACAAAUAAACAAAUACUAAUAAAAUCACAAUAUUAAUAAGUUAAAUUAAACAAUAAAUGAAUGUAAGAAGUAUUUGUUAAGAAUAAUGUGCUUCACAAUGUUUAGUUUUUAACUCUGAUAUGUUAAAAAAAAUGAUUUCCAUUGUACAUUUACAUGGUAAGGAGUAAAACUGGAAAUGUAAUUUUCUAUUGAUGACAUACAUUAAGAGGUUUUGAAAUGCUGUAUUGAUGAAGAAAUGUUGUAAGACUGAUUUGUAAUCUUAAACAGCGACACUUUUACUUAAGGAUCUCUUGUUUUGAGAUGUCAUAAUUCAUAAAUGGGAAACUACAACCAAUUACAGAUCAGGCAGAUAGAGCUUAACAUGUAACUAACACUUAAAAUAUUUUGAGGUUAUCAAAAUGUAUACUUUUACCCAUACAACUGUUAAUUGUUUUCAUAUAUCCCCAAUAAAUGAAACUAUUCUUUUCAACUUUCAAAUUCAUUUAUUACUUUGAAAUUCAGUAAAAAGUUGAUAUUCGUGUUGCAAGAAAACCUUCAUUUUAGACCAAAAUCCCUUAAAAAUCAUCAAUUUCCCUUAUUGGUCUCCAAAAAAUAUGGCAUGUAAUAUAGGGUAUUAAUUAUAUUGCUUACAUGCAGUUAUGUGAUAAUCUUCUCAUAAACACAAUGUUUUGUGUUUGAAUGAAACUUUCUGAAGCACUAUUAAUUUAUUUUGUCUGAUUCUCAUAAGGAAAUGCCAGUAUUAGUUUUGCCAAUGGAAAUUUUACUUAAUAAUGAAAUAUUAAUCAUUCCAAUUGAAAAUGUAGAUUUUGAGGUGGUGGAUAGCAUGUAUCCUCAAUAGCCAUUAUCUUUGAUUAUGUGUCUCCUCUCCAAAGGAACUCUUCAAUAUAAAUCACAUCUCAUGUGGAGUCUUUGAACACAAUACAUGAUGA